AUGAGACCGAUCCUGCUUCAGGGCCAUGAACGGUCCCUCAAUCAGAUCAAAUACAACCACGACGGCGACCUCCUCUUCUCCGUAGCGAAGGAUAAGAUUCUCUGCGCAUGGUACUCUGCAAACGGUGAACGGCUGGGAACAUACGAAGGACACCAAGGCGCACUCUGGACAGUCGAUGUCAGCCCCGGGACGGUACUUUUGGCAACGGGCGCCGCAGACAAUACGGUUCGCUUAUGGAAUGCGAAGACCGGUGAGUGUGUGAAGGUGUGGGAAUUCCCGACUGCGGUGAAGAGGGUCGAGUUCAGUCCCGAUGGGUCGAAAAUACUGGCCGUUACGGAGAAGCGAAUGGGAUACCUGGGUACCAUUGUGGUAUAUGAUGUGCUUUACGGAGAUGGGGAAGGGAACAAUUUGGAAGAGCAGACCGAUGAACCUUGCUUAAAGAUCACCUGUGAGCAGAGCAAGGCGACUGUGGCGGGAUGGAGCUUUUUGGGGAAAUACAUUAUCGCGGGCCAUGAAGAUGGCAGUGUAAGCCAGUACGAUGCAAAGACUGGCGAGCAACUGCAAAAUGUUCAAGCCCAUGAAUUUGACUAUCAGAUCACUGACCUCCAAUUCUCCGCCGACCGAACCUACUUCAUCACUGCUUCAAAAGACAAAUCCGCCAAGGUCAUCUCCUCCCGAGAACUCCAAGUCAUGAAAACCUAUGUCGCCGAUACCCCUCUCAACACCGCGGCGCUUGCUGCAAAGAAGGACUUUGUCAUCCUCGGUGGUGGCCAAGCCGCCAUGGACGUGACAACGACAUCCGCCAGACAGGGAAAAUUCGAAGCCCGGUUCUACCACAAGAUUUUCGAAGACGAGAUUGGUCGUGUGCGAGGCCAUUUCGGUCCGCUGAACACGAUUGCUGCGCAUCCAGCGGGAACGGGCUAUGCUUCUGGUGGAGAGGACGGAUAUGUGCGCGUGCACCAUUUUGACAAAGCCUACUUUGAUUUCAUGUACGAGGUUGAAAGAGAGCAGGCGAGAAGAUGA